UAGCUCUCACUACAAAACCAACAAGUCUAAUCAUAUCAUCCAUGGCGGCUUGUUCCAAAAUUUUACAAUAUUUUCUUCUCCUAAUAAUUAUAACAAUUAUUCCCUCUCAAAGUAAGAGAUAUCCCCCUAUUUGGAAAACUGAUUAUGAUCACGGCCCUAUUCAUUCUACAUGCCUAACAUGUUGUUUGGAUUCGAAUGGAUCACCCAAACACAAUUCUACAAUUACAGUAGUACAAGUCGAAAAGAUCACAAAAGCUCUUAGAGAAUUCGGAGGCUACGAUUUCAUGGCAACGAUUCUCGAAAGGAAUCUUCAAUCUGUUCAAACAUACUGCGACGAAUUCUUGUUCUUCGUCGAUCGUCAAAAUAGAUUUACCAUUUAUGGUAACAACACUAUUACUCUCUUUGUUCCGCCAGAUGAAGCAAUCCGAUUCAAAGAAUGGAACAGUUUUGAUUAUCAAAUUGUGAUGUCAAAGGUUGAUAGGGAAGCCUUUGAAUUAGGGCACCUAUCCAAGGGUUCAACCCUAGUUCCAGCUAGUGUUAAGCAAAAGCUUAUUGUGGAUGAAGUGCGUGAUGAUGGAACUGUUUUAAUUAAUAGAGUUGAGAUUAAUCAUUGGAAUAUUUACAAUGAUGGUCAUGUCAUGGUCCAUGGCACAGAGAAUUUCUUCAAUCAUCUUUGGGGGGAAAAUAAAAAUCUUUUCUUUACUAAACAUGGUAGUAUAUACAAAGAUGAACUAGAGAUGUUUGAAGAUCCACAAAAUAAGGGCUCUUUAAUAACUAAAAAGAUGGUAAUGAAGGGUUCUAUGUUCAUCAACUUUGUUACCAACGAGGAAGAAAGAGUUGUUAAUCUAACGUCUAUUCAUGUACAUUUAUGAAAAUAAUAGUCCUGUAGUACUUGAAGGAGUUUAUUUAUUUAUUCAUUCUUUUUUCAAAAAAAAAAAAUUAAAUUCAUAUGUCUUCUUUUUGGAAAUAUGUUAAUUAAUAUAUAAAUGAACCCUUUUGAA